UUUGUAAUUUUCACGUUUGGGUCUAUCGUGACUCGUUAGACCGGCCUAACUUUACCCGCCCUUGACCGCCAAAGUCGUUUCUCCUUUCAGGAUACCGACAUCCCCUUCGAUGAAUUUUUGAUUCCUCUGGAACGUGUUAAGUUUCAGCCCCUUCACUUUAAACUUAAAGAAUUAUAAAUGAACUUGGACACACACUGAAGAUGAGUUUCCCAUUGUUUGGUAACCUAUCCUCGACGCGUCCGGCUGAAAGGAAAAAGUCUAGCGAGAAGUUUCCCCAGAUCUUUCCAGUUUCAAAUCGCUCAAAGAGCAACCUUCGCGAUAAUGAGCGACACGGAGUGGAAUAAUUCGCCGCAGUGGCGAAAAUUCAUCUGUAAAGUUUCUCGUCGGGAGCGACCGGGGUGAAUCAAAGAGCACGAAUCUCGGAGCGAUCGAAAACUUAUUAAAGAAGACGAUGGUACUUCUCGAGAUAUGAUCGUGCCGUUCUCGAGAUGCCCGUUUUUCAUCUCAGUAUCAGCCAGAAUUUCUGGCUUGCCGUACGCUUGCUUUAUUGCGCGUACUCCGCGAGAGAGAAAUCCGCACCGCGCUGAGGGCGCAUGUGCGAGCGAAGGUGGUACACGGGGCGCGAGCAGGUAGAAGGAAGAUAAAGAAGGACGGAUGUACAUAUACAACCCUUGCGCGCACUCACCCUCUUCGACAUCCCUCAUCGACGAGCCCUCGCCGUUAGUCCGACCGGCUAUUCUCAUCACGCCGCGUCGCGCCGUGCCUCGCCUCGUUUCGCCGCGUCGUCUCGCCUCGCGUCUCGUCGCAUCGCGUUGCUGUCGGUGCCGUGUAUUUGCGUCUCUUCGCGAUUCUCGAAGGACGCGCGACGUGCGCUUUGUGAAUCUGAAGAGACCUCCGAUGAAUUCCGCGUGCAAGAUUCCAGAGGAGACCACACGGACGGGGAAAAUGACAGACUCGAGGAGGAAGAGAGACAACCUUGAGUGAUCCGCUCAUCGCGUUUCACUCAUGUAUGGUGCGUAGAUAUUUCGACUGCUACCGACGCGCUACCAUUUGUUUCCAAGUUCGGCAAUGUCCUUAUCGAAAGGAUAUCAUUGUUAGCCAAGGAUAGCAUUGUUCGCGGGAGAAGUAGAGGAGGAGAGAACGAGAAAAAGCUGGGAUCUUGAGGAGCUUCUUCAAGAGAGCGGAGCUCGGUGCGGAAGCUUCCUCGGUGAGAUGUGUUUUAUCAUUGAUCGAGAGUGUGAAUCGAUCGACGUGGCGAAGGUCGGCCGGUCUCGACGUGCCUCGUCGCUGAAUAUUUGUCCGACGAAAACGCCGGCUCGUGUCACGCAAUAUCAGGGCAAACGUACCAAUCGAUGCUACACGAUUUAAUCCACGGAACUUCGAGUUCUCGUCAGCGAAACUACCGUCCCGAAGUCAGUCAAAGAAACUUCCAUUCCCAUCGUAUUGGAAACCGUGACACUUCGUUGCCGCCGCCGAUAUUCUCAACGAGAGAAAUGCUCGGUGACGUCGUAAGCGUUGAACCUUGAAGACGCUGUCCGGUGACCGAAACAUCUUGCGACGGUGACACGGAGAUCAAUCGAUCUCCGGUCUCAAAGUUGCCGAGUUGCUUGACGUCGUCUUGUGCCGCGCCGCAACGAUGCUCACCGCUUCCUAUCGACGAGCAUCGACGAUGUUAUCACGCGUCACCAUGAAAAUAAAUUCCGGUGCUGGAAAGUUCGAUCGAUGCUGCUAGUCACUCAAGAGGAGAGAGCCGCACCGUGAGGGCGGCAGAGAAGAGAGGGGGAAGAGAGAGAGAGAGAGAGAGAGAGAGAGAGAGAGAGAGGGUGAGUGAGUGAGUUAGCGCGAGAGUGGUUAGGGGCGAUAGCCAUUGAGGGUAGGUAGAUAUGAGAAAGGGGGAAACACAGAAAAGAAACGAGUGUGAUAUCGGAGAAACAAUGCCGGAGAUAAUGGCGAGAUAAAGUUCGCCGCAACCUUGUAACGCCAUCAGGUUUGUCGAGGUUGUUUCUGCCGGACGUGUGACCUUUCCAUCACGGUUCGCGCGUCGUUGGUCGAUGCACUCGAUAGCACGAUGUGAGCUGAAUGACCCUUAAAGCUCAUCACCAGCUGCAACCAGAGACGGCUCGAGUCCUGAUAUGCCAGCAGAAAAUGCGGAUGCAAAUGGAUGGUAAUUUGGAGCAACGUCGAUCGGCAACGAAUCGAAAUCGAACAUGCGGCGAGAAACGAGGCACAGUGACCAGGUAGAUUUUUAUAAAGUCCAAUGUAGCGCGAAUGGACUCACUAUGAAGCCACUCGGAAACAACAAAUAGGUCUCCGCAUUCGCCAGUCAAGCGGAAGAUCACGUUGGAUUUCAACGAGCUUCGUUCCGCGUUCUCUUCUUUCUCGACAUCAACGAGCUUUCCUAUCAGCAUUUCGAUACUCUUCUUCAACACCUGACCUGAUUCAAGUCUACUCGAACGGAAAUCCGGGAAACAUCUUUCAAGUAUAUACCAUAGAUCUCGUACUUAACAUCAGCGGCGAAGGUACUUAGGAUGGGCUGCAAAUCGGCAGCUAAGUCCAAGCUGGAGAAAGAGACGGCCGUGUCGUCGUCGACGUCGUUGCCGAGGUAUAAACACGCAGUCGAGCCGUCGGUCGAGCGGAAGACGAUCCACGAGCAGCGCGGCGAUACCAACGGCGUGUCCGAUCUCGACGACGAGGGAGAAGAAGAAGAAGGUAACGCGACUGGGCAAUUAAUUUUAUCCGAAGAGUCGUUUCCGUCAGGAAGCGGCACGUCCAAGAGCGCAGGCAACGGCGUUACCAGGUAGCCAGCAGGCGAGGAUGCAGAGGCUGCGUACGACCUUCAAGAGGUCGCGCACUCCCACGGGAGCAGAGAUGAAGUCGCAAUCUAGCCUCGAGGUGCCCAAGCAAAUCCGAUCGGCCUCUUUUGACGAGAUACAGCUGCAGUCGAAGCUACAGGAUGACAAUCGACCAGCUUCCUCAUCCUCCGUGUACUCUCUACCGUCGAGGAAGGACUCGACACGCGGACGAAGAUCGUCCACCCUGAAGGUACCGCAGCUGCAGACCGGCCAACGCUCCAAGAGCUUCGACGCGUACUCGGCGAGUUCCGGCUCGUCCUCCGGUAGCCAACUGCUUCCCGUCGGAUUCGAGCGACCUGAAACGCCGACCAUUCAGGUCUCCGGCUGCUAUCACUGUGCUUGCGUCGAAGAGUACAAGAGGCUGAACGAAGACCAAGGAUCUAAAGAUGAUAUCGAGGCCGGUGGAUCGCGCAGUGAAAUUGACAACAGCACGGAUAUCUCCGAGAACGAGUCCGAUCACGAGGAGGAAUCCAAACGAGAGGGUAGCCCUGAGAUCUUAGUCACUUUCAUGCCCGACGACGUGCAGAGCAUGCCGCAAUGCAUUCCGUCCGCGGUCGAGGUCGCGGCCGAGGCGAGUCCCGAGAUCAGGAUGGAGUUUCCGGAGAGACAACGCAGGUUGUCCAGGCAAGAGGCCUUGACUUGUUUCCCCUUGGAGUUACCUGGCGCGUUGUCCUCGAGGAGCGAGGAGGAGACGGCGAAGAUGACUUCCACCGAGACGGAAGACGACGACGACGACGAGGAGAACUACGUGGACGAGGCAUGCCAGUCCAAGUUCAUUGUGCGUGACAUUUUCUUGACCGUGCCGGAGCUGAAGAGGGAUCGCGCCGCCUCCGUGGACUCGUGCUUCAAUAACAAUAAGAACGGCAGCGGCGUCAGCAAUUCGGACUUGCUGGCGGUGCCGCAGCAGAACAUCAGAUCGAAAAGCGUCGACAUUGUUCUGCCGACGGACGUACGGACGAGGUACACGGCGCUGUUACCGGCGAAAGAACGGCGACCUUCGAUAGGAGGGAGAGAAGAAGGUGACGCGAGCAGUGAUCAACGCCAGCCGCGGUCAACACCAGACUGGGGUCCCCAUGCGUGUAAUGAAGAACAUCUUUGGGUACCAACCGCUACAUCCGGGGAUUUCUGUUACGUCAAUGAUUGUGCCAAACACGGACCCCGGUUGAAGUGUCCGGUUUGUCACAUAGUGGCCCACGCCUGCUGCGUCACGAGUUUAGAGUUUCCGUGCAAACCGAGUUUCCACGAUGUAAGCGUGCGCCAGUAUCGCGAACAAACAACCACCCAUCACCACUGGGUUCACCGGCGAUCCCAGAAGGGUAAAUGCGCCAACUGCGGCAAGUCUUUUCAAUCAAAGCUCAGUUUCGGUUCCAAAGAGAUUGUGGCGGUGAACUGCAGUUGGUGCAAGGCCGCCUAUCACAACAAGGAGGCAUGUUUCAAUGUCGAGAAGAUCGGUGAAAGUUGCGAAUUGGGUAGCCACGCGUCGAUCAUAGUGCCACCUUCGUGGAUCGUGAAACUUCCUCGGAAGGGCACUUUCAAGAGCAGUUUAAAGAAAUCCCCGAGGAAAAAGAAGUCCGCCGAUGGCGCCUCCGAGCGACGGAAAAGAAAAGACGGCGAGAAGGAGGAAGAUAAAGAGAAGGAGAAAAAUCAGGGGAUGCUGUGGAUUAUCAAGCCUAUACCUACGGCCACGGCAAAGCCGGUCCUCGUCUUCAUAAAUCCGAAAUCCGGUGGCAAUCAGGGCGCGAAGUUGCUGCAGAAGUUUCAAUGGCUGCUUAAUCCGAGACAGGUCUUCGAUCUGACGCAGGGUGGUCCGAAAAUGGGACUGGACCUUUUCAAGAAGGUUCCGAAUUUGCGUGUUUUGGCUUGCGGCGGUGACGGUACUGUCGGUUGGGUCCUGUCGAUCCUGGAUCAGAUCGGUGCAUAUCCACCGCCAGCAGUCGGCGUUCUUCCUCUGGGCACCGGGAAUGACUUAGCGAGAGCGCUGGGAUGGGGUGGCGGUUACACGGACGAGCCGAUCGGGAAGAUUCUAACGAGUAUAGGUGACAGUGAGACUGCCUUACUGGACAGAUGGCAACUGGAAGUCGAGAGAAACAACGACGCUCAGAAUGAUGACGAUGGCAACAAGGGCAAGGAGAAUUUGCCGCUUAAUGUUGUUAACAAUUACUUCUCCCUCGGCGUGGACGCUCACAUCGCCCUGGAGUUUCACGAAGCCCGAGAAGCUCAUCCAGAGAAAUUUAACUCCAGACUAAGAAACAAGAUGUUCUACGGCCAAAUGGGCGGCAAGGACUUAGUGCGUAGGAAAUGGAAGGACCUCUCGGAGUUCGUCACGUUGGACUGCGACGGCCAGGACAUGACGCCGAAAUUGAAGGAGCACCGAGUCCACGCCAUUGUAUUCUUGAACAUCGCCUCUUAUGGUGGUGGAACGCGUCCAUGGGGUGCGGGCAACGGUACCAGAGAACCUGCCAUGGACGACGGCCUGAUCGAGGUGGUUGGUCUGACCACGUACCAGUUGCCUCUUUUACAAGCUGGUGGACAUGGCACCUCCAUAGCGCAAUGUAGCAAAGCCAAGUUGGUGACGACGAGGACUAUACCGAUGCAAGUGGACGGCGAGGCUUGUCGCCUGUUACCAGCUACCAUAACUUUAAGUCUGCUGAACAAGGCCACGAUGUUGAUCAAGAGGAGAAACACGGGGAAGCCACGUCAGGAUACGGCACGAUUGGAGAGGCUAAAGCUUCCUGUGAUGAAAAUAAAGAUGUCGGAUUACAAGACUUAUCAUCACGAUAAGGUCAAGUUGAAGAACAUAGCAGAGCAGUUGCUGACGGAACCGCUCGAUCUCGAUGCUACGACGGAUUUGGAGACGCUAAGGAAGCUCUUGGCAAAAAAUUACAAUAUGGAUUCUUGUUGUUUUGUCGACUCGUGUACAGCUGAAAGAUUCUUCAGGAUCGAUCGCGCUCAAGAACAAUUGCAUUAUGUGACGGACGUCGCCAUGGAUGCUGUGUACGUUCUCGAGGAAGAUGCUGGCCAACCCGAAGGUCAAAUUAUCGUCACUAAUGAGAAAGAAGCAGCGCAGGCUUGUCCAAGCGACGAAGGUCCGAAGGAGAUGCCAGCCGUGACAGAGGAGGACGCGCGGCCGAUCUUGGACAAGACCGAAAGGAGCAGUCCGCUAGUUGAGGUGGAUAGUUCGGUCGUUAGCACGGCGGUCAAGCCGUCAACCACGGCGAGUCGGAGGAACUCGUUCUUGCUGAUGAGCGGAGCACCCAAUAAGGAUAAGGAUAUCGAGUCGGAUUCUCCUGUAAACGGCGAGCCCCGGAAGCGGGACUCCUCGGAGCAUCAGGCUGACCGACCAAUUACUUUCAUCAGUCCUCGCGACAGACUUUUCGGGCUGAGCUCGGGAGUUCAUCGGUUCAGUACCGGGUUGCUUGAGAAAACCUGCGACGGAAUACUGACGGCGGCGAAGCUUGGCGAUCUUCUUGCGUUGAAGCAGCUUCACGAGCAGGGCUACUCGCUCUUGUCGAUCGAUGCUAACGGUCAAACGGCGCUUCAUCUGGCGUCCAAGCACGGUCACAAGGAGGUCGUUAGGUAUCUCAUUGCUUGCGCCCCACCGACAAUCUUGAACAUGGUCGAUAAUGACAAAGGGCAAACCGCUUUGCAUAAAGCGGCCCAGAACAAACGCCGUUCCAUCUGUUGUAUGCUCGUGGCGGGUGGAGCAGCGUUGAUGGUGAAAGACCGGCUCGGUCGCACGCCGCGAGAUCUUGCGUUGAUCGCGGAAGACUGCGACCUAGCAGCGUAUCUCUACAGUCAAGAACAAUUUCAAUUAGUGACGGAUGAGCAUAUGGAGAGCAUUCUCUGACCGACAGCGUUGAUCGUUACAGCCUGAAUCACCUAAAGCACCUCGACGAAAGAAGUACAACGAUUGUCGGUCGUCAGUCAAUGCGAUGUCUACGCAGCAUUUUUUCUCGGCGAUGUUACGUAAGUCUCUCGCCCUCUCGUGAUAAUCUAAUAUUCUCGUUCGAUGUGUGUAUGUGUGUGUACACGUCGACGCAAUUACGUGUUUGCCAAACGCUAUCUUACUUUUUUCCAUUGUCUUCUUUUCGUCUCGUCGAUUACUACGAAAAGUCUCUCUUUAGGAGCGUAUAUACACAUCCAAUUAUCGCAUAGUAUAUAAUUACGAUACAUGCUAGAGUUACAUAUACAUAUACGUAAUGACUCACGUAGCGAUUUUUAAUCGAUAACAAGCCCUUAUUUUUCUCAAUCGUGAACUUGUCUAGAACUUGUCUGGCUCCACUUGUGCCCCUGUAUUCGGCAAUGUGGGCUACAAUCAGGCCAUGGAGCUCGUAGAGUGCUCCUGAAGCGAGCGAAUUUAUUUUUCUCGUGCGACAUUUAAUGUCGCCAUGGUCCAAAAUGAGACAGUAAUUUUUUUAUAUGUAUACACGUAUAUAUAUAUAUAUAUAUAUAUAUACAUACCGCAAAUUUUUAAAAGACCUUCCGUGAGACGAAGAAAACGAGGAUAAUAAAAAAACGUCGAGCGAGUAGUUACAAAUGUACAGUUAAGGAAGCGAAGGUAUCUGUUCACAUACACAACGGGUCAGUCCGUGAUUGCGACAUAUUGACAUAAUUUGUGCCAACUGGCUGAAAUCAUGAAAGGACGAUAAUAAUGAUGCCAAAUCAAAGAUUAACUGUCUCACGUUGGAGCAUGUGCGGAAACUGUACACACAGACGUUUAUGAUAUAUCUCCAUUUGAGAUGGGUGCUACGAGCUCGUCGAUCGAUAAUCUGUUAGUUUAAAAAUUGUGAAAGAAAGAGCACAGGAUAAUCUUACAUAGAGGAAGAACGAUGAAAAAAAAAAAA